GUUUUCGUAUCGAACUCCGCCGUUUGAACUGUAGAUGAAAACAAAAAUUCGAACUGUGAAAAAGAUGAAUCUUAUAUAAACCGUAUUCUUUUCCCUGACAAGAAUUUCUCAAUCAUCAGCAUCUCAUCGAGCUUCUCUUACAACUACACAACUGCAAUUUACUUUUUUACCACUAAAUAACACUUAACCUUCAAACAUGGCACGAGUCUGGUUUGUCACUGGUUCUUCUCGAGGAGUUGGCCGCGCACUGGUCGAAAAAGUCCUUGAGUCGGGCGACAUCGUCGUCGCAACUGCUCGCAACCCAUCUCAACUCGACGACAUUGUUGCCAAGUACGGAUCUGACAAGAUCCUCGCAACUGCCCUUGAUGUAACAGACUUCAAUCAAGCCAACAACGCCGCCAAGGAAGCCGUUGACAAGUUCGGCCGCAUCGACGUGGUCGUCAACAACGCCGGCUACGCAGACAUGGCAUCCAUCGAAGAUGCAGACAUUGAAGGUUUUCGCGCGCAGGUUAACGUCAACCUUUUUGGCGUCGUCAAUGUUACAAAGGCUAUCGUGCCCAUUAUGCGCCAGCAGAAAUCGGGCCAUAUUAUUCAAGUUUCAAGUAUUGGAGGCCGAGUCGGUACGCCCGGCGCAGCAGCUUACCAGAGUGCCAAGUGGGCAGUUGGAGGGUUCUCAACUGUCCUAUCACAGGAAGUGGCCCCCUUCGGUAUCAAGGUCACGGUCGCCGAGCCUGGUGGCAUCAAGACUGAGUGGGCUGCUAUCGCUACUGAGACGGCCAAGGUCAGCGAGCCUUAUGAGCAGACUGUCGGCCAGAUGAUUCAGCUGGUCAAGGGACACUCAGAAUGGACGGAAGCUUCUGAGAUAGCUAGAGCUAUUAUUCACCUGGCGAAUGUGGAGGAUCCUCCUCUGAGAAUCGUCUUGGGCAAGGAUGCACUUCCGUAUGCUCAGAUGGCUGCUAAGGCUCUUGCUGAUUCUGACGAGAAGUGGGCCAAUGUCUCUAAGCUGGAGUUCUGAGCGUACGUGACCCUUGAGUCACGGCGAUAUACUGAGAAGAUAUGGUGAAACAUCUCUGUACAAUAGCC